AUGUCCAUCAGCUUGCCAGCAAUGGUUAUGCCCGGGAAGAAAUUUAUAGCUGAAUGUAAGAAAGGCGAACAUACGUCCAAUAGCACUCAAACUAAACCUGAAGACGAUACUGGAACAAAAUAUCCAUGGGACCAAAAAACUCAAGGUUUUAUUUUAGGAGCCUAUUUUUAUGGGUACCUUAUGGGCAGCUUGCCUGGAGGUGCAGUGGCGGAAUGGCUGGGCCCUUAUUGGACCAUAAUGACUGCCACAAUGUUUUCGGCAAUUUUGAACAGUAUUUGCGUCUGGGUUUUAGUCAAUUCAUUCAUAAACUUAAGGCGCUUAGGGUCUCGUUUAUCCAGCUCUGCAGUGUCUUAUAGGCCGUUGGGCGCCGCCUCAAGAGAGAACGAAGUUUGUAGCCUGUUUAAUGGGAAAUACGCUUGGAACUUGUUUAACUUGGGUUAUUGGUGGUGUGGUUUUCACGUAAUGUCCUUACAAAAUAUAGCAUUUUGUGUCAUCUUCGGAUUACUGACUUUUGAUAGUCCUGAGCAACAUAAAUGGAUUACCGAUGAAGAACUUGAGUUUAUAAAGAAGUCCCAAGAAGGAAAAGUUUCCAAAACAAAAGCCCUUCCCCCAUAUAAAUCCAUAUUAACAUCGUUUCCUUUUUGGACAUUAUGCGUGCUACAUUUUGGCAACUUGUGGGGACUUUACGUGCAAAUUACUGCUGUGCCGAAGUUUAUGAAAGAAUACGUUGGGUUCGACAUCAAGAACUCGGGAGUUUUAUCUUCCCUGCCCCAUCUGAUCAGACUUUUUAUGGGCCUGGGAUAUGGAUUCUUGGGGGAUUAUUUGAAAAAGCGAAACUUCAAAAGAAUUAUCAUACUGAAAUGUUUUAUAAUCCUGUCCCAUAUUGUACCGGGAAUUCUUAUGGGACUGCUGUCGAUUGCCGAAUGUAACGCGCCAGUGGUAGUGGCUUUGCUUACAUUGAGCAUGGCAAUAAAUGGGGCUGCUGUCGUCACCAACUUAGCUAAUCCUACCGAUUUAUCCCCCAAUUUUGCUGGAACGAUAUUCGGCAUUAUCAGUUUCAUUGGUGGUGUUACCGGAUUUAUAGUUCCGUCCAUAACUGGUCAGAUAAUUACAGCGUUUGGCAAUAAUGGAAAAGCUUGGGGUAGCAUCUUUGCACUUGGAGGAUUGGUAUACUGUGGAUGUGGAAUAUUUUUCAUAAUAUUUGGAACUGCCGAUACCCAACCAUGGAACGAAAAGAAGGAAGAAAAAGCUGAUACUUCGCAACCAGAGAGAACAUAA